AUAGCUCUUAUGUUAUAUAAAAUAUAGGGCACGCAUUCUCCCACUGUUCUUGCAACCAAAUUCGUGAGAAUACCUAAAGUCUCUCUCUCUCUCUCUCCCCCCCUAUUAUUUUCUCUCUUGAAUUGUCCAAACAAACCAAUGGUUUCGUUUUUAGACAACAAUGGCUACAUACUGUAUGAUCCUCCCAAUCUCGGUCAAACAACCACAACAAUCCUAAACCCUAGCCUUGAUUACAAUCGUCACCAGCAUUCGCCAUUCACCCCUUCUUUCGAAGCUUUUGCUGGCAAUGGCAAUUCCUUGAUGAUGAACAAAUUGGGGUUUCAGCAGCAAGAUCACAACCUCGGUUCUUGUUCUAACACCACUUCGCAAGAAGGCGGUGGGGCAGAGGAGGAAGAGGAGGAGGUUCCAAGGAAGAGAAGAAGAACAAAAGACAGACACAAGAAAAUCCAGACGGCCAACGGUCUUAGGGCGCGUCGUAUGAGGUUAUCUACUGUGGUUGCUCACAAGUUCUUCCAUCUCCAAGACUUGUUGGGUUUCGAUAAGGGAAGCAUGACAAUAGCUUGGUUACUCUCCGUGUCCGAGGCCUCGAUCAUGCAGCUCCUGGGAAGCGUGUCUGCACCAAGACACGGAGGAGGACAAGAACAUGGAUAUGUCGGAAACGAAACGGUUGAACUCGAAGCUCAAGAGGGUACGGCCGGAAUUAGGAGGACGAGAAGAAGGACAACAAAGAUUGUGCAGAGGCCGACGAGGACCAAGGAAUCAAGAAACGAGGCGAGGAGACGGGCUCGCGAGAGAACGAUGACCAAGCGGAGGAACAUCAGAUCGGGAUCAGCCUUUGGAAUGAUGUCCGGAGCAUUUUGUCAUCGUCAAGAAACCAACUCUGAUGAUUCGGGCCGGCAGUUAGGUUCCCACGGUACUUCAAAAGAAACACAGGAGGAUCUUUGUCCUAAUUGGAGCCAAGAAACAAGACUCGAUAUGGAAGAACAAAGCCAAGAACAAGGGUUGCUAAAUUUCCUAGAGUGUCAAAUGGAUGCACUCCGCAGUAUCGAGAAGUUUCUUGGGAUUGAUAGUGAAUCAAGCUAUUCAUCGAUCUCGGGAGAUUCAACGAGGAAGAAUUCCGAGGAAUCUCACAGGGUUCUUCCUUGAAAUCGGAGCACUGGAGUUAGUGAAGGAGCUCAGUCUCAAAACCCUAAUCUUGAUGGAGCCUAUUCCUCUCUUGCUCAAAAACCUAAUGUCUCAAAAAUUAUUCCAAUGGCGACAAGAAGCUCAACAAUGUUCCAAAACCGACAAACAACACUAUCAGCUUCCACAAAUCACACAUGUAACAUGGAGAGAAACUACAACUCAUCAUGGUCCGUAUUCGAACAACUCUACUGAAGAUCUUUUGCCCUAACAGGCUUGGCAUUGUGGUUUUGCCGAUGCCAAGCCUUGCUCAAGUGUCAUGUGUGUGUAUAUAUAUAUGUAUAUAUAUGAUUGUUUGAACUAGCUAGAGAGAUUGUCCUGCCAAUUUGUUUAAAUUAAUUAGGGCUUGAAGUGCGUUAUUUUAGUACCUUUGUUGUGGUUAAGUUGCUAAUAUGAAUAUGGGUAUGGUUAGUUCAUCAUGAGGUGUGUCUUCUUUUGCAUUGUCACUUGUUCGCUGUG